GGGGUUCCCGUCGGUGAGGCGCAGGCGAGAGCGGGGAAAAGGCCGGGACUGAGGAACCGGCGGCACCAUUUCGCCUCAGCUUUUACCCCUUCACAGCUCAGGACCGCCGAGGAAAGCUCGAGAAAGAGGGGCCUGAAUGGGUCCCGGGAGGUGACUUGUUUUCUCUCAUAGAUUGAAAGCAACUCCCUGCAAGUAAGAAACCUAACCUCGCAGGGAGCAAAGUAGGAUGGAGCCCUGUUUUCCCUCUGGUGUGCUCUGCUUCCUGUUUAAAGACUAAGCGUUGAUUUAGUCAUAUUUUUUCCUUCUUUCAACAAGCUGAUGAUGACGGGCCUUUUAAAAAUGGCAUAUAUAUCUCUCUCCCUCCUUCCUCAACACCGGAAGCGGGAGCAUCUUUUCUGCCACGGCAGGAUUCCGUCACGUCGCCUUGUUGUUUGCUUUGCUCUGAGGUGGGACUCGGUGACGAGGCGGAAACGGUCCCGGGCUGUGUGUCACCUUUGAGAUCCUGGACAGCGAGCUAUGGCAUUUUUAUAAAUGGGCUCUACAUCCUGGUUGAAGUUAACGGACAAUAAUGAGUGGUGCAGCUUUGGGCAUUGAGAUAGUAGUUGUCUUUUUCCUGGCAUUAAUCAUUCUACAUCGAUAUGGAGACUUCAGAAAACAGCACAAACUUGUGAUUGUAGCAACACUACUAGCUUGGCAUCUUUGUUUUCUCAUGGUCUUUAUAUUGCCUUUGGAUGUCACUACGACUAUAUACAAUCGAUGUAAACUUGAUGUAAAUGGAUCAUACUCGCCUCCUACUAAUAGUGGAUCAUCUUUGCACCAAGAAAACGCUACUCCUCUUUCAAGAAAACAUGAAUGUUUCAAACCAUGGAGUUAUAUUCCUGAUGGAAUCAUGCCCGUUUUUUGGCGUGUAGUGUACUGGACAUCACAGUUCUUAACAUGGAUUCUUUUACCUUUUAUGCAAUCAUAUGCUAGAUCAGGAGGCUUUUCCAUUACGGGAAAGAUUAAAACAGCACUAAUUGAAAAUGCAAUCUAUUAUGGGACAUACCUUCUAAUUUUUGGAGCAUUCUUAAUAUACGUGGCUAUCAAUCCAAAGAUCAACUUGCAGUGGAAUCAACUUCAAACAAUUGGAAUAGCUGCUGCAAACACCUGGGGUCUCUUUCUUCUAGUUUUGCUGUUAGGGUAUGGCCUGGUUGAAAUUCCACGAUCUCACUGGAAUGGAGCGAAGAAGGGCUACCUUCUCAUGAAGACUUACUUUAAGGCUGCUAAACUGAUGACUGAAAAGGCAGAUGCAGAAGAAAACUUGGAAGACAUCAUGGAGGAGGUGCGCAAAGUAAAUGAAAGCAUCAAAUACAACCAUCCUUUGAGGAAAUGUGUGGACACAAUAUUGAAGAAGUGUCCUACUGAGUAUCAGGAAAGAAUGGGUAGAAAUAUGGAUGACUAUGAAGACUUUGAAGAAAGGCCAAAUACAUACCCAUCAGAGAAAAGCCUGGUGAAGCUUCAUAAGCAGGUAAUUUAUUCAGUUCAAAGGCAUCGCCGCACACAGGUCCAGUGGGGAAUUCUUUUAGAACAAGCAUUUUACCUGGAGGAUGUGGCAAAAAAUGAAACCAGUUCCACCCAUCAGUUUGUUCAUACUUUUCAGUCUCAAGAACCAGAAAACAAGAUCACCCAGUAUCUUUACACACCAACUGUUGAAUGGUAUUGGGAGUGUCUUCUACGACCAUGGUUUCACAGAGUUCUUGCCAUUAUUUUAGCCAUGUUUUCAGUCAUUGUUGUGUGGUCAGAAUGCACAUUUUUCAGCACAAAGCCAGUUCUCUCCCUGUUUGCAGUCUUCAUUCAACUAGCAGAAAGGAAUUAUAACUAUUUCUACAUAGAGAUGGCCUGUUUCUUUACCAUCUUUUUCCUUAGUAUUUGUGUCUACUCUACUGUCUUCAGGAUCCGUGUGUUCAACUAUUAUUAUUUAGCUUCGCACCAUCAGACAGAUGCAUAUAGCUUGCUCUUUAGUGGCAUGCUCUUCUGCCGUUUGACUCCUCCAUUAUGUCUGAAUUUCUUGGGCUUGACUCAUAUGGAUUCAACAAUUUCUAAGCGAACAACUGAUCAGCCAACUGCCUAUACAUCUAUAAUGGGGUCUAUGAAGGUGUUAUCCUUCAUUGCAGAUGGGUUUUAUAUCUAUUAUCCCAUGCUGGUUGUCAUUCUUUGCAUUGCCACUUAUUUCAGUUUAGGGACUCGAUGUUUGAAUCUUCUGGGAUUUCAGCAGUUCAUGGGAGACAAUGAGAUGACCUCAGACUUAAUUGAUGAAGGAAAGGAAUUAAUCAGGAGAGAGAAAAGAAAACGGCAAAGACAGGAAGAUGGUGAAAAUAGGAGAAGGGAAUGGAAGGAACGAUAUGGAAACACCCGUGAAGAUUCUGCCAGAAAUAGAAAUAUUCAAGCAGACCAAAAAGAGUCCAGCUUCACAGAGACAAAUACAACAAGAUUGGCCUCUAAGUAUACCAGAUCCAAUGGGAGGAAUGAAAGGGACAGAGUUGAGCUUCUCCAAGAUGCAGAGCCUAUGGAUUUUAAUGCUGACUCAGUUAAUGAUGAUCCUCUUGACUCUGAUUCAGGAAGGUAUCAACCUGGUGGAAGAUACUUGUCAAUGUCACGAAGCCGGAUAUUUGAUGACGUUUAAACCCACAGAACUCCGAGUCUCCAGUCUACUGCUUUGGGGAAAGCUCUCUCAGUAACAUAUUCUGCAACCAAAACAACCUCAUUUUACAAAAAAAGAAAAUGGAAUGUGGUGAAUAAGGAACUUUCCUCCUUAAAAUGCACUUUGUAUAAUUAAUUGCUCAUUUUCUGAUGGGCAAGAGCAUUAGUUUCUGAUAUGGGGACCAUCUCAGCUGUGCCUUUCCCACCUUGCUCCCACUUUUUCAAAAGCCACCUCACCACUGCUACCCUAGUACCAGAACUGGUACUGUGGCAAGAGAGGAAGUCUUUGAUGCAGGGAAAAGGGAUGUGGGGGUUGGUGGGAGUGGAAUGCCAGAAACUAGGUAUGCGAGCCAUAGUUCUUGCCUUGUAGUGUCUGGCAUAUUUUCUGUAUGAUCUCUUCUGAACUGUAGACCUUUAUGUUCACAUCCUUAGAAGCCCCUUUGCUAGAAUUUGCUAGUGUGUUGGCAACCAUUGAUACAUAAAGGUUUAUAAUUUUGUCUUUUAGUUUGGAUCAGGGAAAUAAUUCUUAGUCUGUUAAUGGGUUGAUGUAGUUUCACUUUUAAAUAAAUGAAUGUUGGGCUCAGUGAGAGUUCUCAUUUUUAUACACUGAAGGUUAUUUGGAUGUUCUUUUCAUUUUGAACAGCUUCUGAUUUUUAUGAUAGCUUAACAUAAUACCUGAUUUUUAAGAUAUCAAUGUAGCUUCAUGAAUGCAGUUCAUAAGUUUACUCAAGAGUUUGAUGCAACUUUAUGGGCUUCCUUGUAGUCAAACCUUGGGCGUGGUGGAAAAAGCCACAGCGGUCAGAUCAGAGGCUCUUUGAUCCUUCAGCUAGAGGGAUCUUGACAUAUAUGUACAAAAUAAUUUAUCUUCUGGAAUGCUUGCACAUCUGUCAUGAGAACAGAAUUUAAUUUCUGUCAGCAUUACAUACAUAUAAAUGGCAUUGGCAUGCAUGGGAGGAAACAACCAACAGAAUCUUAAAUAUUCACUAGCACAGAUUUAGAUAUAUAUAUGCUAGCAUGUGCAUAAAAAAGAGAUAUCUGUCACAAAACAUGUGAAUACUUUAUUUAGGUGCCAUUGAAAAUCUAUUUCAGUAUAAUCAGGAUCAGUUUAGUGGCUGUGAAUAUUUUAUGGUUUAAUCUUCAUUUCAUACAACUCAUUAAAAAUAAUGUACCCUUUACAUAGUUUUAGGUAGACAUUUUGUUUUGAAGAAAAAAUAACGUUUAUCGCAGUAUUAUUCCUUAUUGGUAAACAGCAUAGGUGGUGUCCCAGGUACAAUGCCUGGAUUAGUACAGAUAUUUUGCUGCUGAAGAUUUCAUGCUUGCCCUUUCAAAUUAGAUCCAUUCAAGAAAUUUUAUAUAGCAAAUAGUGCUGACAAAAAAAUACCUAUGUAACUGGCUUCAUUAAUUUGAUUUGGGAAAGUAUUCAUGGUAAAUGGGGCUGGUGAUGUUGUGACUUUCGUGAAACAUGUGUAUUUGCAAUUUUAUCAGUAUUGUUUGAUUUCUUGAGUUAGAAUAACCUUUCAUUAAGUAGCUGUUCUGACUUAUGUUUCCUGUAGGAGGAGGAUCUGUUUACCAAAUUACAAUUUGUCCUAGAUAUUAAAGAAAGCAAAGGAUUUGAGUACAGUAUACUCCGAACAGUAACAGCUGAAGUUCAUGCAGGCAGUUCAGAUUAUACAGAUUUCGGUUGAAUUUAAGAAUCCUAACAGUGCAGGAUUCCAGCUAUAGAGUUUAACUAAUUGUUGUCAUGUAGAACUAUGGAGCUGCCAUUGCUUUCUUCCCUAAAUGUCUAGAUGAACAAUAUGUGAUGUCAUACUUUUUAAAUUUCCUCUGCCAAUAGUUUGUGUUGUUGGCUAUUGGCAAUUAGGGCAGGGCAGUAAACUGCAUAAUUAGGUCAUGUCACAUAUGUACAAAGAAAAAGUAAAUGAGAACAGUGGUGACUGAUCUGUGUCUCUUGGAAUGUUUAAUUAGGUGUAUGGCCUUCAUUUUGAGGGGGGAAACAUGUGUUCCAUGAACUGACAUCUUAAGUUUAUGUUGAAAGUGAAUGUCUGUUGAAAGCAUAUUCUCUCUCUUUACAAUGAUUUGUGAUACCACUUCCAUCAGUAUUGGAAUCCCUUCCAAUACCAUAUAGUUUACACAAGAUUAGGAGUAAAUGAUCUGAUGCUGAAUCCCAGUGUUUAUAGAGGUUUGGAAAUUAGUUGUUUUGCUUUCAGAAAUGUCUUAAAAAGGAAACAAUUUAGUAAUAUGGUGAUAAAGAUUUUUGUGUUGCACAUGUUGAUGAUAUUAUAAUGAUGCAGUGAACCUAGAACUAACCAACACAUUUUAGGGGAAACUUUGGAAGUUUUAUAUUGGCACCAGUUUAAUUUUAAUAUUAAAACUUAGAAAAAUCUUCUAGCUACCACAGGGAGAGCUAAACAUACAAUAUUCCUUAAAGGUAAGGAAAUUACUUCAACCUUCAAAUUCAGUUGGAACUGUUAAAUCUUUGGAUCUCUUCCAGCAAGAUAUUAAUGUUUGUAAAAGUUCAUUGUUUUUGAUUAAUGAGAACUAAUGAAAAGUAGUUUUCAGUGAGACUCUGAAAGAUCAACAAGGACUUGACAGAAGAUUUUGAAUGCUCAAGUGCUGUAUUGUAAGCUAGCAGACAACGUUUCUCAUUUCUCAUAAGAAACUUACUCGAGACUUCCACAGAAGCCUGGAAAUCCCUGCUGAAACUAGUUGCUAUGGGGUUUUGUAGCAUGAUUUCCAAUACCAGUAGAGGUGCAUUGACACUGUAAAUAACACUCUGUGCCUCCUUGUAAUUGCCUUUGGAAGGUAAAAGUGUUUGUGCUCAUAGUAGUUUGAACUAGUAAAUGUCUGGGGACUCUGGGGUCAUUUUCAAAGGAAUGUGGUCACAGAACCAUGCAUUUGCAUGAUGAAAAUACCGCUAAAAUUCAGUGUUUUGCUCUGUAUACACUGCUAUGGAACUUCAAGAAGAAAUAAAAGUAUUGAAAACUUAUUUUCCUGUUUUUGCUUAGAGUAGUGUAAUGAGCCACUAAAAUAAAUAGCACACAGGAAUGUAGUUUUUUUUCUGAUCAAUGUCAGUUUCUUAAAUACUAGCUGUACUUAGAUUCAAAUGUGUUGAGAUUCUGUGGUGGUCUAUGUAUUUGUAAUGGUGAUAAGGGUUUUUUUUGAGCAUUUAAGAAUGUUAUGUAAUUGAGACUUCUGUGCUGUUCAUAAGAAUGUUUUAUUUCUUGUUUCAGCACAAAAUCUGGGAAUAUGGCUUUCUAGCUGUUGUAAUCAUGAAAAAACCCUAGUUGGUUCCGUAUCCUGUUAAUGCUUCAUGGUAAGGUGGCUGUUGUUCUCCAAAUGGGAAUAAGAGAAAUGACGGUUUUGUAAACACAAUAGCAUUGGGUUUUUGAGUCAUGAACAAUGAGAUGUAUAUUUGUUUCCAGUACAUGAUUGUUAUUUAUAUCUGACAAGAGAAAAAUGAAUUACUGACUUAUAAAUUAAAUUAAAAUGUAAUGCUGUAUAUUAGUUGGAAUUAAAAUUAACUUUGUUA